CUCUGUACCAUGAUGCCCAGGCUGCUCGCCUUGCUGCUGCUUCUGGCCUGGCCCCCCUCCUCGCAGCCGGCUCCCCCGACCUGCUACUCCAGGAUGCUGAGCCUGAGCCGGGAGGUCACUGGUGACUUCCAGAGCCUGCAGGCCGUGAAGCCCUCGGAGCUGUGUGUGAGAUACCUGCCCACGCUCUACCUGGAUAUACACAAUUACUGUGUGUUGGCCAAGCUGCGGGACUUCGUGGCAUCAUCCCAGUGCUGGAAGGUGGCCCAGGUGGAUGCCUUGAAGGACAAAGUGCGGAAACUGUACACCAUCAUGAACUCGUUCUGCAGGAGAGAUUUGGUUUUCCUCUCGGAUGACUGCAAUGCAUUGGAAUACCCAAUCCCAGUGACCACGGUCCUGCCAGACGGUCAGAAAUAGGGCAGUCCUGACCAGAGAGAGAGAGAGCCCAAGGGGACCACAGUUACAUCAGCUGCCCAGACACCACGGGCUAAAGCCACGCCCCCCACCAGGCCUCCCUGUUACUAUAGCAUCAGAAGCUGUCAGGUUUCUCCACCUUCUGGAAAACAGGGAUUCUGCUCCUCUCCCAGAACCUACUUUGAAAACAAUUAGGAGCUUUGCUUUCAUUUCCCCCUGGUUUUGCCUUGCCAGGAUGGUUAGAUACACAAGGAUGUUUAUUGGAUCCCUGAGAAGAAAAGGCCAAACCCGCAUCUCUUGUAUGAAUGUCUAGCCUGAGAACAAGCAAAACAGUAGGUUUUUAUUAGCGCUUUAACGGAGUACUGGUAACAUUUUUCUUUCUUGAUAGGAAUCUGCUUACAUUUAGCCAGGCUUCUAUUUCAUACCCUCUCCCACCACAAACUUUCCUUGUAGUUAACUUUCAUUAUUAAAGAAAUUUCACUGCCAGAUAA